AUGACAAACACUGAGUUUGAAACAGUUAAAAAGAUAGACAAUAACACUAAAUUGGUUAGAAUUGGUGAUUUAAACGUAAGAUACUCAAAGAAAUACAACAAAUAUUCUUUGUCAGACAUUAUAUCUCCAUCUGGAAAGAAAACAUCCCAUUGGGUUGGAAUUGCUUCUACUCAGAAAAUUUUGACAAGAAAUCCUGAGCUUAUGAUAUCGGUAAGAUUCUGUGGAACUACAGCAUAUCUCAUCGACAAAAGUCUUAUACCAAUAGUUUUGUUAUGGAUUGACCCAGUUGUUGGAUAUAACUUCAUAACAUAUGGUUCGUUCGACUCAGAACGUUGCAGUGAAGGCUUACUUUACAUCGUUCAGAAACCGAAGGACUUCAAUACAAAGAGAUAUAAGAUAGGAAGAACAUAUAAUAUAACUCAAAGAUAUGACAGUAUAGUCAAUAG